UAUGGCGUUUGGUGAUGUAUACAUUUUUUGUUCAGUGUAGGCUCAUUGUUAACCGAAUCGGAAAGUUUAAAUGGGGGUCCGUGGGGGAUGGUACAUGUUUCCACUUCGGAACUAUUAACAGGUUGCACUUCUUAUUUGUUAAGCCUUUUGCGAGCAUGGCUGGGGACAGUGAGACACGGCUCCGAUCCACUGAAAAUGAACAGAUAAGCAAACAACCUUUUCUUAUCGGCGUAUCUGGAGGAACAGCUAGUGGCAAGUCCUCAGUAUGUGAGAAGAUUAUGGAGCUGCUGGGGCAGAAUAAGAUUGACCAUCACCAACGCCAGGUGGCCACCCUCAGCCAGGACAGCUUCUACAAAGAGCUCACCCCUGAACAAAAAGCCAAAGCAAUCAAAGGCCAAUUCAACUUUGACCACCCAGAUGCUUUUGACAAUGAACUCAUCAAGAAGACACUACAUGACAUCAUUCAGGGAAAGACCGUUCAGAUUCCAGUAUAUGACUUUAUCACCCAUUCCAGAAAGGAUGAGUUUGUGACCCUGUACCCAGCUGAUGUAGUGCUGUUCGAGGGCAUCCUUAUAUUUUACUCCCAGGAGAUCAGAGACCUCUUUCAGAUGAAGCUUUUUGUGGACACAGAUGCAGACACUCGUCUCUCUCGAAGAGUUUUAAGGGACAUUGAAGAACGUGGCAGAGACCUAGAACAGGUGUUGACCCAGUAUAUAACUUUUGUGAAGCCAGCUUUUGAGGAGUUCUGCCUGCCAACAAAGAAAUAUGCAGAUGUCAUCAUUCCCCGCGGAGCAGACAAUCUUGUGGCAAUAAACUUGAUCGUGCAGCACAUACAGGACAUUAUGAAUGGUGGAUUCUCCAAACGACAGAGUGGUUGCAUGAACGGUCAUGUGACACCACGGAAACGGAGGACUUCAGAGUCCAGCAGGCCCCAUUGAUGUUCAGUCUUUGUCCUCUUCAGAAGGAGGACCAUAUGCAAUGCCUGUGGAUGGGGGACAAGGCGAAAAUGACAUGGCCUUGGCAGGAUUUACAUGCAUUUGUAUUGUUUAACAUUUUAGGACUUUAUAAUGGUUCCCAUAAUAGCAAAACAGUUUGUUUAUUUAUAAAAAAAAAACAAAGUGAUUUGAAGGAAAUGGAUUCUGUUAAAAAAAAAAAAAAAAAAAAGCUGAUAUAGGUAAGUUGUCUCAGAAGAGCUAUGAUUACAAAUGUGGACUUAUACUGAAAUAUCUAGUUUUUAAUUUUUUUUUUUUUUUUUUUUUUUUUUUUUUUAAGGAAAUCCUUCCUGGGUUUGAUCUAAGGAAAUGCAAUGGAACUCAGCAAAAUGUGUUUUUGUGGUGAUGGGUGUUCAGUUUAUAAUUUCUGAGUAGGGGGAUUGGAAAUGGGUUGAGCGGGGAAAUGCUAUCUUAAAAUUCACUGCUUUCCCAUUGUGUCUUGUCCCGCCUUGAACUGCAUCAUCAAAUAAAGUGGAUGGAGGAGACUAGA